AUGACAGUGAGGGGAGUGGAUAUCUCUCCCGUGGCUCUUCGACUCGCGCAGGAAAAUAUUGCCCGGAAUGUCGAGCUUCAAACCUUGAUCAAGCCAACCAGAAAUAAGAGACUUGACAUCACGACGGCAAACGUCUUUAGUGACAGCGACAUGCAACAGCUCGCCGUUACCCGUUGGGAUAUUCUUGUAUCCAACCCUCCGUACAUCUCUGAGGAUGUCUGGCAUCAUGGUCGCGGACAGCUCGGAUAUUCAGUUCGAAAAUAUGAACCACGUCUCGCAUUGGUACCGACUAACAACCUUCCUUGUCCGAGUGGAUGCAACGCAGCGGAUGUUUUCUAUGCUCGGCUUUUGGACAUUUCGGAACUCUUAAAGCCGACAGUGGUACUGCUCGAAAUUGGCGAUGAGGACCAGGCCCGUCGCGUACUGCAGUUGUAUUUUGUCCACCCGAUCGCACAAAGCUCAAGAGUCGAGGUUUGGCGAGACUGGCCUGAUUUGGAAGGGACAGAGGAUUCAGAGAUCACUGUGGUUGAAGAGUCAAACGGUGAGACACAUCAAAUCCUAGUGAAAGGUGACGGUCGCAUACGGUCUCUUCUGAUUCGUAGAUUGGACGAGGCUUAA